GCAGUGAAAACUUGAAGCAGAUGGUUUUAGGCAGCGCAUUGUGCAAUGUACUGGGUUGGGCUUGGAGUGGUUUCUGGGACAGCCCCUACAUCAGCAAGUGCCAGCGGUGGCGACAAGUGGCCAGAGCUGUUCUAGAAAGCACAGAUCCUUCAUUCUCUUUUCCCUCUCCCUGCUGGGAUACUCGUGAUGCCUAAAGGGUAAGCGCCUGCGGCACAGCAGGCCCAGCAGGGAAUGAGGGUCAGGGAGCUGUGUCUGCAUGGCUGGAUCUGCACAUGGAAGAGCUGCCAGGGAGCCCUUUAAGGUAUUGAUGAUAAUUGCAUUUGGCCCAAGCAUUGUUAGGUGUUGGAUGCAGAUGGAAAUUCAGAGUCCUGAAUCGCCAGCCCAGCUCCAUGAGCCGUCUGCCUAUCCCUGGAGCUCCCAGCACCUGGAGUUUCAUGGUGACUCAGUGUCUGGAAAAUCGCAGGGGCUGUGCCAGAGGGAUGUGCUUAGGUUUCUGUUUCUUCGCCAUAUCGCAUUGUAGCACUUGGGUGUUGGGGUGGGCUCAGGUUUCAGCAAGACUCAGCGUACAAAAUGUUGAGUGCUCCCAAAAUGAUGAAUCAGCUCUUUUAAGAAAGAAUUUGUGGGGGCAAAACGGAGCACUGGGUCCUGCUGUGGGGCAGUUUGUCUUGGAGGAUGGAGAUGGGCAGGAGUGAGAUCAGCACCCAUGGGGGCACUGGGGAGAGACACUGUUGGAGUUAUAGGGUGGCAGGUGAAGCACAUCUUCUAUCAGCAGGAAUUGGGCUGGGCGACCAAAAGACAGAAUCAAAGUCACCAAAAUCUUUAUGGCCAUGUCUUCUAUGGCACAUGUGGCAAAUGAAAUAAGUUAAUAGCAGGCUGAUGCCUCACACCAGGGCCCAGCCUGCCCGCUGGACCAGCCCCGCUGGGCCAUGUCCCACCCUGGUGCUGGCUCCUUCAGUGGGAACGAUUUAAUUAUUGCAGUUGUCAUCCUCAUUUCUUUCUUUGGGCAGAGAUUUAUAUCACCCCAGUGUGCUGGCAUGUGGAACUACUUACAUUUGGUGUUUUGCCGCCAUUGGGCAUGAGCUGGGUGGUUUUAGUGGAUGCCUCUUCAAGAGCUGCUGGCCCCCCAGGUGCUGAGGAGCUGGCUGCUGGGCUCUGGGUUACCCAUGGACAGUGGCCAAGGGGCCAGGCUGCCUUCUGCUCCCCCAGGGUCUGCUGAACAUCUCCAAGAUGGAUAUAGAGGUGUCCUCGAAGGGAGAGCACCGGAGCUUUCUUUCCUACGUGUCCAGUGCACUUUGAUACAAGUGGACCAGGAGAGCUCACUUUGUUUUAAAGUCUCCAAAAAUCUUUGUGGCUCAGACAAAUUCAGGUGCUGUGAUAUGCCUCCAGGCAGGGGAAAGUGAGAGCCCUUGGUCAUUGGUUAGUCAUGAGCCUGCAGCACCACAAGUGGUGUGCAGGGUUAAAGUGAAAAUCCAGCUUAUUAAAACUUCAUCUAGCUAAUUAGCACAGGGUGAAGAACAAAGAAGGACAAUGUUGUAAAGGGGGAAUUGUCAGGGGCGUUAAAUAUUAAGUCAUCUGCUGCCAGAAUUGACUCCCAGUGGCAUUUUUUAUAUUCAUGGUCAGACACUGGAUAAGGUGUCUAAAUGGGUUUGGAGCAUCUCUUGACAGUGGCAGAUUUAAGGGACACAACUGGGGUGUAAAGUGAUGAUCCCUACAAUAUAGGUAAAAAUAUUUAAGGCUGGGCAGAGCUAAUGCUGCAGAUUCAAAUCUCCUGUCUGCUCUUGUAGACGGAGCAAGGUGCUGGCAGCGUGUCUGCACUUGGCAGAUGCACUCUGUAUUCACGUGGCCCCCUCAGAUUUGGGGUUUAUCCUCUGGGUGCCCGGUGCUGUUUAAUUGUGACUUACGAACCAGCCAGCAGCAGCAGGAAUGCUUGUUUCUUUUUGCUCAAGGCAGCCUUGUUACUCUGCUGAAUCAUGACUCUGCUUAAAAUCCAAGAGUUGGGGAAGAAAAACAAAACAAAACAUAAACAAACCCUGGGUUGGUUUUUAUUUUAUUUUUUUGACUCUGGACAGCCUGCAAAUGCAGGAGGGGACGGGCUUUCGCCAGCCCUUCCUGCUCGCCUGGCAGGGAGGUGAGAUGCCAAAUCCCGCGACUCCGGGAGCCGAGGCUUGGCAAAGCGCAUGCCCUUCACGCCGCCGUGAUGCCCGCGACAGCCGCCUCUUGGCCGGGCGCCGCUGGCUCAGCACACCGUGGCCGGAGGGUUGGCUGCUCACGCAUCCGUCACGGUGCCUGAGAAAACACACCGGUGACACGCUGGGUCCCCUCCUCCUGCCCACGGACAGACGCCGCUCGGGGCACAGCCAGCUCAUAGCCCCGAAACACCCCUGUGUGUUGGAGAGGAACAAGCUGUUGGGGUCGUGAAGAUGUAGCAGUGCUUAUUUUUCAUGUGCUUAAAAAGCCAUCUGUGGUGGAGCCAGGCGGCGGGCAGGGAUCGCCGGGAGGUGGUGGACAGAGAUGGGUGCUCUGGGACUUGGUGGAGGUCGGAACUCUCCUAACAGUCCAUUUUCUUCUCCUGAGAGCUCCGGGCUUGCCACAAAGGGAUCUUCUUUCCCAUUCCUCUGCAAAAACCUCUAGAGAAAACAGAGCACCAUGUACACCUUCCUGCCUGAGAACUUCACGCCAGUGAAGCAGAAGCCCUCCAAGGAGCUGAGGCCCAUGCUCGGGGCCAUCUUGCUGGGCCUCAUCCUGUUCAUUGCCGCGGUGGUGGCCUGGUGCUACUACACGGUGUCCCUGCGGAAGGCGGAGAGGCUCAAGACGGAGCUGAUGGACCUGCGGGCGGACGGCUUCGUCAUCAGGAACCAGCACGGGGAGGUGGUGUUCCGGCUGGCCUUCCGCUCGGGCAGCCUCGACCUGGAGUCGUGCUCCAAGGAGGGUGAGAUUUUGAGCUGCACGCGGUCGGGCAGGGGGCCGCUCAACUUCUUCAUCCAGACGGUGAAGCCCAAGGACACGGUGAUGUGCUACCGCGUGCGCUGGGAGGAGCUGGCGGCCGGCCCGGCGGUGGAGCACACCAUGUUCUGGGAGGACGCCCACUGGUACGGGGGCUCAGAGAUGAGCACCCAGCACUGGCCCAUCCGCCUGGCCGGCUACCAAGAGCCCGUGCCCUACGUGACAAGCGACGUCUACUCCUUCCGCGACAGCUUUGGUGGCAUCCUGGAGCGCUACUGGCUCUCCUCCAAGGCGGCGGCCAUCAAGAUCAACGACUCCGUGCCCUUUCACCUGGGCUUCAAUGCCACCGAGCGCACCCUCUUCUUCCAGGCCCGCUACAAGGACUCGCCCUACAAGCCGCCACCGGGGCAGCAGCCCUUCCCCGAGCUCAGCUACCGGGUCUGCGUGGGCUCCGACGUCACCUCCAUCCACAAGUACAUGGUGCGCAGGUACUUCAACAAGCCCUCCAAGAUCCCUGCUGAGAAUGCCUUCCGAUACCCCAUAUGGUCCACCUGGGCCCUUUACAAGAACAACAUUGACCAGGAUAAACUCUUGCGAUUUGCCGAAAAGAUCAAGAAGUACCGUUUCAACUGCAGCCACAUUGAAAUUGAUGACAUGUACACACAAGCCUAUGGGGACUUUGACUUUGACCCUGCCAAGUUCCCCAAUGUGACAGAGAUGUUUGCAAAAUUGAGGGAAGAUGGGUUUAAGGUCACCCUGUGGACUCACCCUUUCAUAAACUACAAUUCCUCCAAUUUUGGGGUGGGAAUCGAGCGUCAACUUUUCAUCAAGGAGCCAUCAGGGCGGCUUCCAGCCAUGGUGGAGUGGUGGAACGGCAUCGGGGCCAUCCUGGACUUCACCAACCCAGCAGCCCGCGACUGGUUCCAGAGCCACCUGCGCCAGCUUCGACACAAGUACGGCAUCUCGUCCUUCAAAUUUGAUGCGGGUGAGACCAGUUACCUACCCAAGCAGUUCAGCACCUUCCGCCCACUCUCAGACCCCAGCAUCUGGUCGCGGCGCUACACAGAGAUGGCCAUCCCCUUCUACGAGCUGGCCGAGGUGCGGGUGGGCUACCAGUCACAGAACAUCUCCUGCUUCUUCCGCAUCAUUGACCGUGACUCUGUCUGGGGCUAUGAGCUCGGCCUCAAGUCCCUCAUCCCCACAGUGCUCACCAUCAGCAUGCUGGGGUACCCCUUCAUAUCUGCUGACAUGAUUGGGGGGAAUUUUUUCCCCAACAAGACAGAUGGGGCAGUGGAGAUCCCUGACCGGGAGCUGUACGUGCGGUGGCUGGAGCUGUCAGCCUUCAUGCCCUCCAUGCAGUUCUCCAUCCCGCCCUGGCUCUAUGACAAGGAGGUGGUGGAGAUUGCGCAGAAGUUCACGGAGCUCCACGAGUCGCUGGUGGCCCCACUGCUGCUGGAGCUGGCUGGGGAGGUCACCGACACGGGAGACCCCAUCAUCCGUCCCAUCUGGUGGAUCUCGCCCCGCGACGAGGCCACUCACAGGAUCGACUCCCAGUUCCUCAUUGGGGACACCCUCAUGGUGGCACCUGUCCUGGAGAUGGGCAAGCAGGAGCGUGAUGUCUACCUGCCAGCGGGCAAGUGGCGCAGCUACAAGGGGGAGUUGUUUGAGAAGACCCCGGUGCUGCUCACGGACUAUCCCGUUGACCUCGAUGAAGUUGCCUAUUUCCUCUGGGUUUCCUAACAGGCUCCUCCAUCAGCUUUGGGAUAACCAUGCCUUAUCUAGGACUUUGUAACAAAUAAUAAUUCUAAUUGCACAUUUUAUUUUAGACUGGGGCUGAGGAAGGUACUUAAAUAGACUUCACUCUCCUUGGGGAUUUUUUUUUUUAUUUGGAGGGGUCUUGAUAUUUUUUUUAAUUUGGGGCAAGUGGGAGACUCCAUUUGGGUUACUGUAGGCAGAAUUUUUUCUGUGUAGGUCAGAAAGCAGUUGUCAAUCUGUCUGCAGACACGUAAUACACCCAGUACUGUUUCAUUUCCCAAGGAUUUCAAGAGGUGGAGAUUGGUUAGUGUCAAUAGGAGUGUUUCUGGUCUCGUGGGAAAACCUGGUGCUGGGCAUGGGGGUAUGUGAUGUGGGAGGUUUGCUACAGCACAGCCUGCCAUCAGUUUUAUAAUAUGGCAAAAAAUAUUUAAAAGGACUUUUUUAAGAGCAGGAAACAAACUGAGGAUAUAUAUACAUCACAUUUUAUUCCCUCUUUGGCCUAGUCUGGCCCUGGACUAACCAUUGCCUCAUGCUCCUGCUUUCCUGGGUACCAGGCAGGCCAGGUUACCCAAGUGAUGAGCAGGUAUUUUAACUCUAUGGGCUGCAUAUCGCUUGCUAGGGCAGCAGUAUCCCACCUCCUUGCCCAUUUAACACCUGCUGCAAGCCUCUUGCCUGUGUCUUUUGCCUUGGGUGUCAACACUGCCUUUCCUCGAGCAGCACCAUCCAUACCAGCAUGCCCCAUUAGUCUUCUUAAAGCGGUUAUGGCCUCGCUUUGUUACAUGAUUAUCCUGCUGAUAAUAAUCCUUCUGGUUUUUAACGACAGAUGAGCUUUCAGGUUUGUUGCUAGCAGAAGGACUGCCUGGAGCAAAGCUGUUCUCAAAAAGUAUGUGUGGCGCUUUCCCGGGAACAACCAGUUCCCGCGAGUGGCACGCGUCUUGGAUUGACAGUGACGUUUGCUGCUAGCCGGCUUGCUGGUGGGUGGAAAACACCGGCUUUUGCACUGAUGGGUCUGUGCCAGCGGGUGUUCUCACUGCACCCGCGGAAAUGUUCUCAUCUACCAUGAAAUUAGGCUAAUACCCAUCUCCAUCUCAGGUCGCAGUUAGAGGUGAUGAUUUUGUUGAGAGUUUUUCUGAAGCAGCCCACCUCUCUCCCUGGGAGAAAUAGGGGCAGUGUUUGUGGUGCUGGAAGUAGGGUUGCUGUCAGAGGCUUCUGGAGGGUACACAGGCAGCUGGGAUGAAGCUUCAGAGAUGUUUCUUUCCCAGCUUUCCCAUUUUGGUUUUGUACAGGAAGAUUUAUUUACAGAGAGCUGUGGGCAAUCUCCACUCCGAGACAGAGCAGCCUUCCUCCCCGGGGCAGGACAUUCCCGGCUGUGCCCUGGUUGAGAGCAUGUUUCUGCCCUUGAAUUUUUAAUGAGCUUCUGCAGAAUUGAGCUGCACUGUCUGGAAAGGUUUGGGGCACCCUGCCCGGGGUACAGCCAGCCAAGGAGAGCUCAGCAUCUGCAGGGUUUCCCAUGGAAUUGUGUCAGGACUGAGAGUGGGUCCAGCAUGAGUCUGCCACCCAGGUAGGUGCUGUGUUUUGAGUAGGGUUGGAUGCCAGUGAGGAUCUUUCUCAAAGUCUGUCUCCUGCCACUGGGUUUUGCAGGAGAUAGGAAAGGAGAUGUACUUAACCUGAGGGUUGCGAUGGGGUCCAGGGGUUAGAAAUUUAGGUGUUUGGGGCAAAAGCUGAAGUGCUUUUAUAGUUAGGAAGGAAGUGAGAACGUCCAGUUUGAUGGACUUUUUGGAGCAUCCCUUAAAGUCUGAAUCUGCCCUAUGUAAUUUGAUGUUUCGGCCUCAAAAUGAGAUUCAGGGGAGCCCUAUAGCUCCCUGCCCAGCUAGACCACAAACGUGUCCCAAAGCCUGUUUCUUGUGGCUUUUAACUAUGAACAACUCAGGUUUGUUCCCUGCCACCAGGGCAAAUAGUGAUUAUGUUACAAGUUAGAGACACCCUCUGUCAAGGAGUUAAUCCUGGAGCCCCAGCAUCAGUCAUCAGGACACUGGCAGGGUUUGGCCCUUGGACUGGAGGGUGGAGGUGAAGGUGACAAGCUCCUGGAGAUGAGUCUGACCACAGCCUGCAAGGAGGACAGGGUGCAGAGAGGACUUCUCCAGCCUCAGAAAUGCAUAAAGGCUAUGCUUUGAGGGUCUCCAGCUCUUCCCUUCCAACCUUUGCUUGUGAAAUACUUGUCCUCCCUUGGCAUGGGAGUCCCUGGGUGGAGGAGAUGUUGCUAUGUGACUCAGCUGCCAAUGAAGAAGUGAGAUCCUUGGCACAGGACUUCAUGGGAAGGAUCCUAGCAUGACCAGGAGAUGUCACAUGUCUUCUCCCCCCCUGUCUCUGCUGUGCCACUCAUCAUAUCCCUCACUAGUAAGGGAUGAGGCUACAUGAAGAGAAACACAGCAUUCCUGUUAGUGUGUCUUUAUGAUUAAAAUUAUGGGAACAGCCGGCUGAGUGCCUUCAAUCUCCUCACAGUGGUUUCAGGUGCUGUCAGGAAGGUCAUGGUGGAAAUUCUCCAUUAGGCACACUUUCUUCCUUCCCCUCCCCUCAAAAGAAAGGAUUUUAUUAUCAAAGUUUUAAUUAUCUUUUUAUUUAACUAUAUGAAUAAAGAGUACCCUUAUUUUUCUAAAUGCUGUAGUUAGAGCAUAAAUGGCUGUGGCUAUUCAGUGCUCCAGCUGGGAGAAUGUUAAAGCUGUUGGGAGGACAAAAGGGAUGAUGCUGAACAACGGGUCCAUAUGGGUGACUUUCUGUGAGUCCAUAGCACCAAGCCUUCCCUGCAUGUUGGGAAGAGGCUCAUCAGUGCUGCCUCAAGCUAUCUCACAGUCUUCUAGGUGCCCUUUCCAUCCAACUUUUUACCAAAAAUUCUAUUUCUAACUCUAUGCUGUAGUGCAGCAGGACUCAAGGAUCUCUAGGACCUCACAGACCACAAGCACUCUGUGCACAGACACCUUGGUGUGUGACACAUUAGUGUGUCACACUAGUGAGAUUUCUCUGAUUUACACCAUGGGUCACUGGCCAAUGCAGGGUUUAGUUCGACUCAGCCAAGGAAAAGUCCCAAAAUUGGUUUGGGAGUUGGAUUCAGCCUUUCCUACCACAGCCCACAGCAGAAUGCAGCUGAAGAGCAGCAGGUCAGCGUGAUGCCCAUGUGAUUGAAUUUUGAAGCUUGCACUGUCAUGUAUCGGGUUUUCUGGAUGUUUGUGUUUGCACACACCGUCCUAUUGAACUGUAAUGCUGGUGGGUUUGUUUUUAACCACUUUUCUAAUUCUUAAUUGUAAUGAAGACAGAACUGUAACAUGAAUCACCUUGAUUGAUAUAAAAUUUUGGAAAACAAAAGGAAGUUUAACAAUGUCCAUCUCUACCAAGUACAUGGGGCUGGUGGUUCAGGCAGAUUUGAGGCUUUUUUUCACCCUAGACUUGACUGAAAUCAGAGUUGAGAUUGUUGAUUUAUUUAAAGCUUGCAGCCUGCAGCUUUGAUGUAUAUUUUAAAGGGAGAUGCUGACAGCCACCCCACUCUUGUAUUUGCAGUGGUGGCAGGAGACAGGGAUAUGGAGAUGACCCACCAGAUCAUGGAUCACCCUGCCUUGGGUCCCAACAAAAAAGGGAAUAGCUGUGCCUUAGGGCUGGCCUGGAGAAGAUCAUGUCCAGGUGAACCCCGAUCUUGCGUCCGCCCCCAGGGGUGAGGGCUAGACCAUCAUGCCCCUAUUUUCACUGACAUUCAUCCAAAAAAAGCCAUCAACACCAACUGUGGUUUGGUCCACACUGCUCUCUAAGGACACGUGCUUCAGGAUGGUUUGCCAGCACUGAAGGAGAGGAGCCUGCUCUUGGCUUCUCUUGGGCACUCAGAAAGUCCGUCAGGGCCCUGGCUGUCCUCACUGCCCCUGGGGAUCCACUUUCCAGAUGGCACUGAUGGCCAGGAUGGGGAUGUAAUAGAAGUUUGUGGCUAUGGGAGUGCAAGAAAUGAAGCAUGUGAAACUCAUUAGGAGCCUGCCUUGCCCCACGCUGCCUGCUUUGCCCCACAUAAUGUUUUUCCAACCCUUUCCAUUGUUACUGUACAAACCACAGCCUGCCUUGUGCCACCCAAGCAUCACUAGCACUGGCCAACACAUGCAGCUUGGCUUGAGGAAUGAGAGGGACUUUGAUUUGCUCCUUUUGCAAUAAAAGACAUUUUCCCAA